AUGACGAAUUUAUCUUCACUAAUUAUUUAUAUUGUGAUCGGCGCUAUAACUAAAUCCGUUUUUUCUUCACAUCAUGAUGAUUAUUACCACGAAUUUCACAGAGAGGACUGCUUCGAUGCCCCCGAAUAUGUUAGUUGUGGAUCGAAAACGAAUUUAAUCCCAGUUUGGACCUGGGACUAUAGAUAUGAAAAAUGUAUCCUGGAUACGGCAGGGGGAUGCAAAAGAACCAACAACUCAUUCCAUUCGAAAGAGCAUUGCAAAGAAAUAGCAAAACCAGUUUGCAACAACCUAAAUAUCUACUUAGAAAAAAACGGACAUGAAUCUUCUCACCACCACCACCAUCAUCAUCAUUAAGAAAACACAUUUGUAGAGCAGCUUUAUUAAUAAAACAUAUUUUUCUGUUUUAAAUGUAUCAGUUUGUUGAUUAAUUAUCAUUCAAUGCUCUAAAUCAUGGAAAAACUAAAACUUUGGUUUUAUAGACUGUAAAAUUCAUGUUAGUUGUCGGAAAUAACAUGUUGAAUCUAUCAAUAAAUAAAUAAACAAACACUUAUUAUUUAUGACCAGAACUAAUUCAGCACAAAGGCAUAAAUAAUAAAAAAAAAUGUGUUUUAUGUGUUAUAAAUUUUAAAUAUAUGUAGUUAAAAUAACAUUCCGAAAAUAUGAGUAUAUUUUCUGUAAUUUUAUCAAUAAUAAUAAUAAUAAUAAUA